UCUCUCCAUAUAAGGAAGGUGAAAUUGUUGCCAAAACAUACGCAACAGAUUAGUAUUAUAUGUUUGUGGUUUAAUCCCCGCAGCUGUUAUGUCUCCCGCACCCGCACCCAACCGUGAACUUGAACCCCCAUUCAGGAAGCUCAUACUGUAUAAAUACAGCGUCAGCUCGACUAGCGGAUCAGAGAAGCAUUAGGCAGCGUUCCCAGCCGUCAGCCUGCUACAGUUACAGGUCCGCUUGCAGUUUCACACCGUCCACAGUCACUGAAGAGACAGCAUGGAUGCAAAAGCUACGAUUUUAGCUUUCUUGGUGGCGUUCGCCGGAGUGCUGGACCCUGCUCGGGGUCUGUACAUCCCAAGGGGUCGGGAAAAGGCCGAGGCACAACCGCCAAUGUCCUAUUCUGUGGACGAGAGAGGCGUGGCGUUUGGAGAUGACAUGUUGAGACCAGAUCUAGAGGUUGAGGACAAGUUCGGCCGCCCCUGCCCCUCCUGUCCUUCAGAAGUAGACGUCGAGGCUCUCGCCAAGUUCAAGAGUGUGGUUGCUGCACAGCUGUCUGAUAUCUCCGUCCGCAUGUAUGACUUGUUGGCACAGGUUGACAAUUUUGAGAUGGCCAUGGAGGCUCGUCAGCUGGAAAUGGAAGCAAGACUGGACGUUCAGCAGCGCCAGCUUGAGGAACUGCAGCAAACUGCACGCACCGACGAGUUGAACAGAACAGGGAAGAAACAUCACAAGCACAGAAAAGGACCUAGAAUAAUUUUCCCUCGCACGCCUUAAGCAGGCAAUAUUUUGAUAGGUCUAUAGUCAAAAAUAUCGAUUUCGAUUUUGUGGAUAUAUUUGCGUUAUUAUUGCAUUUCGGUGCGAUGCAGGGAAUAUGUUGACUGUUGUCAUUGGUAACUAUGAAAACCGAUGCGUAAGUUAUAAAGAAUAUUAAGUUAUCUGUGAUUUCAAAAUUGAAAAAGUCUAUUUAUUUGUAGGUCAAUACGUACUGGCGUGCUUAGUAAAUCUGAUUACUGUUAGGCGUGUACAUGAGCCUCCUAAUCUAGACAUAGCUGCUUACCUGCAUUGAAACAGUUCGUUUUGUAACAUAUUGAUUCGUAAGCGAGAAAGACAAAACCGUUGUUCUGUGAAUACGUAUACGUUUUGCUGGGGCAAAUAAGCGUUUUAAAUGUACAGUAUAGUAAGCUGGCCUUCUGCAAUGACAGCUAUAUUAUGGAUGUAAGAAAUGUUAGAAUUUCUUGGUGAACACAAAGACAAAUGAAAUACCAACAUAA